AUGCAAGCUAUCCCGCUCGUCCACAUCACGCCGUUUGCUGCGGUCGGGCACAAAAGGCUGGAUCAGGCCGACUUGGAGGAGCUCGCCGUCGGCCUCAAGUCUGAGGAGCACCAUGAGCUCAUGGAAACGCAGUCUUCUUCUGGAAUUCUGGCAGAUUUCAUUGAGCGGGAGAAGGCUAAGGACGGUCAUUGGAGGUUGACCAACGAAAGGUGGUUGUUCUAUUUCCUCGCGACCAAACCCAAGCUGUUCGUUGGCAGCGCUGCCGACCAUGCUCGGGGCAUCCUCCUGAGGGAGCAGCUUGAGUGCGACUUGGCAAUCGAGCGGUUGGGGCUGGGAAGUGAUGUUCCAUCAGGCAGCAGGGCGAUGGUGGCGAUAGGUGACCUGAUGUCCAACAUUGCCAUGACCAUCGCGGCGCAGGUAUCCAAUUGGGAGAUGAAUAUUAAGAUGCUCGAGUGGGGCUACAAGGAGGACGACGAUGUAGUGCUGAGUCGUCUGCAUGACCGACGAUUGCGGCACGAGGGCUUCUGGCCUGCAACAGAUUUCUCGGACCCGGAGCGCGAGGAGUCGCAGCCGGUAGAUGAACCUAGCUGCCGCCUCAUUUGUGGUCAAGGUGCCAAAUCGGACACUUUUCAGAUUCGCGGCUGCAGCGUAGGAAGUUCCGAGAAGCUGUUGAACAGUCGCAGUGGGCUUCUGCGCACGGCUGCCCUGGGGCUCUCUCCAAAGCCAGGAUCCACCGCGGUCAGCAAGCUUCCCACAAGCAUUUCAAAGCACCUUGGAGAUUAUGGAGGCCAUCUGUCUUUGAAUUGUUCUUUCGUGGUGAAGCGCUGCCGGGCCAGAAGUCUAGACAUAGGCCAUGCAGACAUGACUCCCCUGCAGAAUGCAAGGAACCUGAUGAACGUUGUGAGCCAGCCUUCAAGCAUCGGGCGUUGGGCCCCUCCUCGCCCCCAGAGCGACUUGGAUGCUGCAACUCGUUAG